CAACGUUCAGCACACCCGGCCUACUCCGCUCUACCUCCUCUCCCCACCCCUGGCAUAGGCUUCUGUCCCGCACUGCGCCUGCGCACAGGCCUGGCUCAGGAGCCAUGUUGUGGGAUCCACUGGGCUUGUAUUCUCCUGGAUUUCGUACGUAUCUACGUUUAGGAGUGUGAGAGAGCUGGGAAGGCCCGGCGAUCUUGAGGGUGGUGCGGACACCUGAGCGGCUGGUCACCAUGAGCACAGGCUGCGACUUGUCACGGAGGAAUCCGCAGGAGGAUUUUGAGCUCAUUCAGAGGAUUGGCAGUGGCACCUAUGGUGAUGUGUACAAGGCUCGGAAUGUCAACACUGGAGAACUAGCAGCAAUUAAGGUGAUCAAACUGGAACCAGGAGAAGACUUUGCAGUGGUGCAGCAGGAAAUUAUAAUGAUGAAGGACUGCAAACACACAAACAUCGUUGCAUACUUUGGUAGCUAUCUGAGGCGGGAUAAGCUUUGGAUUUGCAUGGAAUUCUGUGGAGGCGGAUCUUUACAAGAUAUAUACCAUGUAACGGGGCCCCUCUCAGAACAACAGAUUGCCUAUGUUUCCAGAGAAACACUGCAGGGUUUAUAUUAUCUUCACAAUAAAGGAAAAAUGCACAGGGACAUAAAGGGAGCAAAUAUUCUUCUGACUGAUAAUGGUCAUGUAAAGCUAGCUGAUUUUGGAGUAUCUGCUCAGAUUACAGCCACCAUAGCUAAACGGAAAUCUUUUAUUGGAACUCCAUACUGGAUGGCUCCUGAAGUUGCUGCUGUGGAAAGAAAAGGUGGUUAUAACCAGUUAUGUGAUAUCUGGGCUGUUGGCAUUACAGCCAUAGAGCUUGCAGAACUUCAACCUCCAAUGUUUGAUUUGCAUCCAAUGAGGGCCUUAUUUUUAAUGACUAAAAGUAACUUCCAGCCACCAAAGUUAAAAGACAAGAUGAAAUGGUCAAAUAGUUUUCAUCAUUUUGUCAAAAUGGCACUUACAAAAAAUCCUAAGAAAAGGCCAACAGCUGAAAAAUUGUUACAGCAUCCGUUUGUUACACAGCCAUUAAACCGCACACUUGCUAUUGAAUUGCUGGAUAAAGUGAAUAAUCCAGACCAUUCUAGUUACCAUGACUUUGAUGAUGAUGAUCCAGAGCCUCCUGUUGUCGUUCCUCACAGAAUUCACUCAACAAGUAGGAGUGUGAGGGAAGAAAAGACACGGUCAGAAAUUAACUUUGGACAGGUAAAGUUUGAUCCACCAAUGAGAAAAGAAACUGAGCCACAUCAUGAGUUGCUCAACAGGGACGAUUUUUUGGACAGUACAGAAGAAAUAUACUACACUGCAAGAUCUAAUCUGGAUCUACAGUUAGACUAUGGCCAAGGACCACAGAGUGGCUAUUUUCUUGGGGGAAAUAAGAGCCUCCUGAAAUCUGUAGAAGAGGAGCUGCACCAACGGGGACAUGUGGCACAUUUAGAAGAUGAUGAUGAUGGGGAUGAUGAUGAAUCUAAAAAUGCUACCAUAAAGCCAAAAGUGCCACCACCUUUACCGCCAAAGCCUAAAUCUAUAUUUAUACCACAAGAAUCUAGUGCUUCUGAAGAUGACAACCAAGGAACAAUAAAGAGAUGUCCCAUUUCAGAGACCCCAGCACGACCAGCUUCUUAUGUACCUCCUAGACCACCACCUCCCCGAUUGCCUCCCCAUAAGACAAGUAUUUUAGGUAAUGGAGUGGGCUCAAUCCAAGUCCAUGGGGAUCGGGAAAAUGUGCUACUUUCUCUGCAAGUUGAUAAUCGGAUUUCCAAGUCAUUGAGCGUGCCUACACGGAAGGAGAAGAAAGACUUGCCGAAGCCAAUAAGUAAUGGCCUUCCACCCACGCCUAAAGUACAUAUGGGUGCAUGUUUUUCAAAAGUAUUCAAUGGCUGUCCCUUGAAAAUCCAUUGUGCAACAUCAUGGAUAAAUCCAGAAACAAGAGAUCAGUACCUAAUAUUUGGGGCUGAAGAAGGUAUUUACACCCUAAAUUUGAAUGAACUGCAUGAAACAUCGAUGGAACAGCUUUUCCCAAGAAGAUGUACAUGGAUGUAUGUAAUGAACAACUGUCUUCUCUCUAUAUCUGGUAAAGCUUCCCAGCUAUAUUCACACAACCUCCCUGGCUUGUUUGAUUAUGCAAGACAAAUGCAGAAACUACCCGUUGCCAUUCCAGCCCACAAACUGCCUGACAGAAUACUGCCCAGGAAGUUUGCUGUUUCUACAAAAAUACCAGAUACCAAAUUUUGUCAAAAGUGUUGUGUUGUGAGGAAUCCAUAUACAAGCCAUAAAUAUCUAUGUGGAGCCCUGCAAUCCAGUAUUAUACUUUUAGAAUGGGUAGAACAAAUGCAAAAAUUCAUGUUAAUCAAGCAUAUAGACUUCCCCUUGCCGUGCCCGCUCAUGUUCUUGGAAAUGCUGGUGGUGCCAGAGCAGGAGUUUCCUUUAGUUUGUGUAAGUGUCAGCAAGGGCACAGACUUUAACCAGGUUGUGAAAUUCGAGACUCUGAAUCCCAAUUCCACAUCUUCUUGGUUCACAGAAACAGAUACCCCACAGACAGAUGUUGUUCAUGUUACUCAGCUAGAAAGGGAUACUAUUCUUGUAUGCUUAGAUCGUUGUAUAAAGAUAGUGAAUCUUCAAGGAAGGUUAAAAUCCAGCCGGAAAUUGUCUUCAGAGCUUACAUUUGACUUCCAGAUUGAAUCCAUAGUUUGCUUGCAGGAUAGUGUGCUUGCAUUUUGGAAGCACGGCAUGCAAGGUAGAAGCUUUCGAUCUAAUGAGAUAACACAAGAAAUUUCAGAUAACACUCGGAUAUUCCGCUUGCUUGGAUCUGACAGGGUUGUUGUUUUGGAAAGCAGACCAACAGACAACCCCACAGCCAAUAGCAACCUGUAUAUUCUGGCGGGACAUGAGAACAGCUACUGAAAAUAACACUGCGCAGAAAUCUAUUAUCAUAAUGAACGUAAUCUCUCAAGGAAGCAGGGGCAUGAAGAAUGGCUAAUAUAUAAUUGUGGGAAAGACUUGAAAGAAAUUAGAAGCCACAGAUUCUGUAUGAGCAAUGAUCUUGCUGUACCAGUUUGCUCACAUCACUGAUGUGGAUGCAGAUAGUGGAAUUAUGGAAAAAGUUACAUCGCAGGGUUACAAAUGGUCUAUGAGGAGCCUCCAGUCAGAACAAGACUGUAUCCACAUGUGGUGGUUUUAUAUAGAUGUUAUACUGUAUAUACAAAUAAUUUAUUGUGGCAUGAGUUAAUGACGAAGAAUAUAUUGUCUACAUUGUGUUCUAGACACGUUUCUUCUUAAACUCCUCCGACACGUGCUGCAUUUACAACGGUAUAAUCUUUGUACAUACAGAGGUAGUAUUAAUUCACAA